GCUCCUCUCUGCUCAACACUCUGUUGUGAUUUUCUCCCUGGACAAGGAAUUUCUUUUUUUUUUUUUCCCUGCUUGGCAGCACGGGGAUGAGGGUGGAUGCUGGAUCGGUCGGGGUGCUCCUUAUCCUCCUCCUCCUCUCCAUCCUGUGGUUCCUGGUCUGGAGAAGUGAUAAGAAGAGAAGGCAGCUGCCUCCGGGACCGACCCCAUGGCCCAUUCUGGGCAACCUAUGGCAAAAGGACGUCCUGCCCCUCUACAAGACGUACGAGAAGCUCAGCAGCACAUACGGCCCCGUCUUCACCAUCUGGCUGGGGCUGAAGCCAGCGGUGGUGCUCUGCGGGUACAAGGCGGUGAAGGAUGCUCUCCUGGGCCUCUCUGAGGAGUUUGGAGGAAGACCUGAGAUACCCGCCCUGGUGCAGCUAUCGAAAAACUACGGUUUUGUCUCCAACAACAAGAAGAAGUGGCAGGAGCUGCGGAGGUUCACGCUCAGCACCCUGCGGGACUUCGGGAUGGGGAAGAGCUCCAUGUCACAGCGGGUGCAGCAGGAGGCCCAGCAUCUGGUGGAACUGCUGGCAAAACUUGAAGGAAAUGCUUUUGAACCGAUGAUCGUGUUCAGACACGCCGUUGCCAAUGUGAUCUGCUCCGUCGUCUUCGGGAGCCGUUACAGCUACAGCGACACGGCCUUUCUGGAGCUACUGAACGUGAUCGGGAAUUAUAUCAGCUUCUUCCUCUCCCCCAUCGCCAUGGUCUACAACACCUUUCCCAACAUCAUGCACCACCUCCCGGGGCCACACAGGAAAGCCCUGGCCAAGUGUGAGAAGCUGAAGGACUACAUCCGAGAAAGAGUCGAGCUUCACAAGCUGACGCUGGAUCCCAGCUGCCCUCGGGACUACAUUGACUGUUUCCUCCUGAAAGCGGAGAAGGAGAAGAGCAGCCCAGAGAACAUGUACAGCGACGAAGACUUGGUCAUGUCAGUAUUCAACCUCUUUGGUGCUGGGACAGUGACCACUAGCAACACACUGGUCUUCUUCCUCUUGAUCCUGGCAAAAUACCCCCAUAUUCAAGCCAAGGUCCAAGAGGAGAUCGAUGCGGUGGUGGGCGCCGGCCGCGCUCCCAGCACGGAGGACAAGCUGAGGAUGCCGUACACCAACGCGGUGAUCCACGAGCUGCAGCGCUUCCACAAGACCCGCAUCGAGAACUUCCCGCGGAUGACGACACAGGACGUCUUGUUCAGGGGCCACACCAUCCCCAAGGGCACCACUGUUAUUCCUGUAUUUUCUUCCGUGCAUACGGAUUCAACCCAGUGGGAGAACCCCAAAGAAGUCGACCCAGGCCACUUCUUGGAUGAGAAGGGCGAGUUCAGGAAGCGCGAAGCCUUCAUGGCUUUCUCAGCAGGGAAGCGGAUGUGCCCAGGAGAAGCCCUGGCCCGCAUUGAGCUCUUCCUUUUCCUCACCACGCUGCUGCAGAGCUUCACCUUCCAGCUCGCCAUCGAGUCCAAGGAGACGGAUUUAUUCUCCCUGUGGCUCGAAAUAGAGAGGAGGGCGAUACCGUGCAAGUUCUUCGCUGUUCGGCGCCUGGUGUCCUCUUAAGCAGAGAGCAGC